AUUUUAUUUUCUUCGUCGACACUAAAACCCUAAAAAAAAACCCAUCUUUUUGUCUCUCUUUGGUUCUCUGAAAGCAGAGGAAGUUAAAAAUGGCGAUAAUUCCGUUAGCUCAGCUUAAUGAACUAACGAUUUCUUCAUCGUCUUCUUCAUUUUUUUCGAAAUCCAUAUCCCAUUCGUUGCAUAGUAGCUGCGUUUGCGUAAGUACCAGAAUCACUAAAUUCGGUGGCGGUGUCUCAAAACGAAGAAGCGAUUCAGCAAGGUCUAAGUCAAUGGGGUGGCGAUGUUCCUUUUCUCCAAUGGAGUCUGCCAGAAUUAAAGUUAUUGGUGUUGGCGGUGGUGGUAACAAUGCCGUCAAUAGAAUGAUUUCCAGUGGUUUACAGAGUGUUGAUUUCUAUGCCAUAAACACCGACUCUCAAGCUCUAUUACAGUCUUCUGCAGAGAACCCACUUCAAAUUGGAGAGCUUUUAACUCGUGGCCUUGGUACUGGUGGAAACCCGCUUCUCGGAGAACAAGCUGCAGAAGAAUCAAAAGAUGCAAUUGCUAAUGCUCUUAAAGGAUCAGACCUUGUUUUCAUAACUGCUGGUAUGGGUGGUGGAACAGGGUCUGGUGCUGCACCUGUGGUAGCUCAGAUAUCGAAGGAUGCUGGUUAUUUAACUGUUGGUGUUGUUACAUAUCCGUUUAGCUUCGAAGGACGUAAAAGAUCUUUGCAGGCACUGGAAGCUAUUGAAAAGCUCCAAAAGAAUGUUGAUACCCUUAUCGUGAUUCCAAAUGAUCGUCUGCUAGAUAUUGCUGAUGAACAGACGCCACUCCAGGACGCUUUUCUUCUUGCAGAUGAUGUUUUACGCCAAGGAGUGCAAGGCAUCUCAGAUAUUAUUACUAUACCUGGACUGGUCAAUGUAGAUUUUGCAGAUGUGAAGGCAGUUAUGAAAGAUUCUGGAACUGCAAUGCUUGGGGUAGGUGUUUCUUCCAGCAAGAAUCGAGCAGAAGAAGCAGCUGAACAAGCGACUUUGGCUCCAUUGAUCGGAUCAUCCAUACAGUCAGCUACUGGCGUCGUCUACAACAUCACUGGUGGAAAAGACUUAACUUUGCUGGAAGUAAACAGAGUAUCAGAGGUCGUGACAAGUUUGGCAGACCCAUCGGCCAAUAUCAUAUUUGGAGCUGUUGUGGAUGAUCGCUACACCGGAGAGAUUCAUGUAACAAUAAUCGCCACCGGCUUCUCACAGUCAUUCCAGAAAACACUUCUGGCUGAUCCAAGGGCAGCUAAACUCCUUGACAAAAUGGGAUCAUCAGGUCAACAAGAGAACAAAGGAAUGUCUCACCAGAAGCAAUCUCCAGCAACUAUCUCUACCAAAUCAUCUUCUCCCCGUAGACUUUUCUUCUAGUUUUCUUUUUAUCUUUUCGUUUUUAAGCAUCAAAAAUGUAACGAUCAUCAGGUUCAAAAGUCAAUUACAUUUGAUUUUUCUCCAAA